CUUUGUUUCGCAGCAGCUACGAAGAACUUCACUCGGAGAAUUUGGUACUUGGCAUGCGUGGAAUACCUCAUGGAGUACGGGCUCGAAAAGGACGCCAAUUACUGCUUCGACAGAAUUGACAUCCAAAAUUGGGAGGAAGCCUUCUUAUUUUUCUGCCAACACACGGAGGAAGACAAGCACCACUUCCUAAUGCAGUGCUUCUCAGAUCGCAUCAAUGAGAACGUCAUGUACGAUGCCAGAGAUGUUGACAAGAUGCUUUCGAACUGCAAGCACCGGGUACCGAGUCCAUGAAGAAUCAUCUCCGUGUUCAACUCUGUGACAGAAGAAUGGUUAAAUUUAACAGAUCAAGCAUGUGUCUGGAAUGCUAGAUUGCAAGGGG